GUUUGUUCGUGCGUUGCUUGCUGGUCGCUGUUGAUAACGCCUGCUGCUUAUUGUUAUUGGAAAAGGCUGCUGAAAGCCCAGUAUCAUCAUUGGCAAGGCAGAAGCGCGAGGAACCUGAACAGGACAAGAGUGCAAGUCAGCUGUGUUUCAGGAGGUAGCCUAGCAGUGUGCUUUUUGCUCUACAGAGAGAAGACGCAAGUCGAACCGUUCACUCAAGUUUUAUUGUGACAUGAGGAAAGUGUCGCUAGGCAUGAUUUCAACGUGCAGGUGAAACCGGGAAGGAUUUUUUUUAUUUCAGUCCCACUGCACAACUUCUAAAACAAAAACGAAUAAUUUGACUUGUUUAUCGUGCGCAAGCGCUCAAAUCUUUCGCGCCACUCUCAAACGUCACACUUUCUUAUAAACUGUUAACUGCUUGGAGUGAAAAAAUGUCCCGCAAAAAGGCGGGUAAGGGCAAAAACGCCAACACCAGCCCAACGACAGGCAGCCCCAUCGGAAAACAGAACGGGAAAAGUGGGAAGUGCACCGCAGGGACCGGGAGCGUGGUGCAGGCGAACGGUGUGGUUGAUCCGAGCAGACCCUCACUCAGCAACAGCAGCGAGUUUUAUGACAUCGCAUUCAAGGUAAGUGCACCUGAGCAUAGCCCUUAAUUUGUAAACAAUAACAUUAGGUUACUUCAUUAUUUUAUCUCAGCAUAUUGCUAGUUUGUUAGGCUGUUAUGAUUCAACAACAUAUAUCAUAACAUAUUAGUGGCAUAAUCAUGACAGGUUUGAUAGGCUACAGAUGACCGGUUGAUAGGCUACAGAUGACCGGUUGAUAGGCUACAGAUAAUAAAUGUAAUGUGUUUAUUUUUUAUUUUAUUUUUUAUUUAUUUGUUAUUUCACCUUUAUUUAACCAGGUAAACCAGUUGAGAACAAGUUCUCAUUUACAACUGCGACCUGGCCAAGAUAAAGCAAAGCAGUGCGAUAAAAACAACAACACAGAGUUACAUAUGGGGUAAAACAAAACAAAGUCAAAAAUACAACAGAAAUAAAGAUAUAUACAGUGUGUGCAAAUGUAGCAAGUUACGGAGGUAAGGCAAUAAAUAGGCUAUAGUGCAAAAUAAUUACAAUUAGUAUUAACACUGGAAUGAUAGAUGUGCAAGAGAUGAUGUGCAAAUAGAGAUACUGGCGUACAAAUGAGCAAAAUAAAUAACAAUAUAGGGAUGAGGUAGUUGGGCGGGCUAAUUUCAGAUGGGCUGUGUACAGGUGCAGUGAUCGGUAAGGUGCUCUGACAACUGAUGCUUAAAGUUAGUGAGGGAGAUAAGUGUCUCCAGCUUCAGAGAUUUUUGCAAUUUGUUCCAGUCAUUGGCAGCAGAGAACUGGAAGGAAUGGCGGCCAAAGGAGGUGUUGGCUUUGGGGAUGACCAGUGAGAUAUACCUGCUGGAGCGCAGACUACGGGUGGGUGUUGCUAUGGUGACCAAUGAGCUAAGAUAAGGCGGGGAUUUGCCUAGCAGUGAUUUAUAGAUGGCCUGGAGCCAGUGGGUUUGGCGAUUAAUAUGUAGUGAGGACCAGCCAACAAGAGCGUACAGGUCACAGUGGUGGGUAGUAUAUGGGGCUUUGGAGACAAAACGGAUGGCACUGUGAUAGACUACAUCCAAUUUGCUGAGUAGAGUGUUGGAGGCUAUUUUGUAAAUGACAUCGCCGAAGUCAAGGAUCGGUAGGAUAGUCAGUUUUACGAGGGCAUGUUUGGCAGCAUGAGUGAAGGAGGCUUUGUUGCGAAAUAGGAAACCGAUUCUAGAUUUAACUUUGGAUUGGAGAUUCUUAAUGUGAGUCUGGAAGGAGAGUUUACAGUCUAACCAGACACCUAGAUAUUUGUAGUUGUCCACAUACUCUAGGUCAGACCCGUCGAGAGUAGUGAUUCUAGUCGGGUGGGCGGGUGCAAGCAGCGUUCGGUUGAAGAGCAUGCAUUUAGUUUUACUAGUGUUUAAGAGCAGUUGGAGGCUACUGAAGGAGUGUUGUAUGGCAUUGAAGCUCGUUUGGAGGUUUGUUAACACAGUGUCCAAUGAAGGGCCAGAUGUAUACAAAAUGGUGUCGUCUUCAUGUGUGAAUGCACAUCAAGCAAGUAGGCCUAGACCUAGGUUAGCCUACAUGUUUGAAAGGACUAAUGGGUUGUAAAUGUUAUGUUGUGUAUAACAUUAAUCACCACAGUGACCUUUUCCUGUUCACUUUGUCAAGCCUGGGGUGUUUUACAAGACUACAAAACACUCAUUCAUCAAACCCAGCUAAUCCCUCUGCCACAGCUGUGUCACUAAAGACAAUCGAUAGCACCUCAGUAACCAAUGAAGGUCACAUGGGACCAAGAGCCAACAAAUCUCAGAAUUUAUUCUCUAAUUGGCAGUUUUCUGUGUACUAGUGUAGCCAUAUAGUCUUAAGGCUAAUCAACAGGUUGUGAUGGGUAUGAAUUCAUCCUGUCACUGCUUCAAAGUGCGCUCUCUCUCUCAAUUCAAUUUCAAUUCAAUUUAAGGGCUUUAUUGGCAUGGGAAACGUAUGUUAACAUUGCCAAAGCAAGUGAAGUAGAUAGUAAACCAAAAUGAAAUAAACAAUAAAUAUUAACAGUAAACAUUACACUCAGAAGUUCCAAAAGAAUAAAGACAUUUCAAAUGUCAUUUUGUAUAUAUACAGUGUUGUCACAAUGUGCAAAUAGUUAAAGUACAAAUGGGAAAAUAAAUAAACAUAUGGGUUGUAUUUACAAUGGUGUUUGUUCUUCACUGGUUGCCCUUUUCUUGUGGCAACAGGUCACAAAUCUUGCUGCUGUGAUGGCACACUGUGGUUUUUCACCCAGCAGAUAAGGGAGUUUAACAAAAUUGGGUUUGUUUUCGAAUUCUUUGUGGAUCUCUGUAAUCUAAGGGAAAUAUGUCUCUAAUAUGGUGUGCUCUAGGGCAACGGUGUCUAGAUGGAACUUGUAUUUGUGGUCCUGGCAACUGGACCUUUUUUGGAACACCAUUAUUUUUGUCUUACUAAGAUUUACUGUCAGGGCCCAUGUCUGUCUCUCUGUUUCUCUCUCCUCUCAUAAUUUUCCUCUCCUCCCCCCUCUCUCCAUCUCCCUCUCUCUCUAUCUCUCUGUCUCUCUCCCUUUCUGUGCCAUACCUAAAUGUGCAGCCAAACUCUCUUACCCCGGCUCUCCUUCUGGUGAUGUGCCCGUCUGUCUUUGAAGUGACUGUUUGAUGUGAUGACUGGUUGCUUGUUUUCUGUUUUUCUCUUAUCUCUGAGUAUUGGAAAUAUUGUAUUCCCCGCUGAGUGUCAUUUCUCUACUACAUUUACCUCUGAAUGUAGCAUAUCUUUUCCCAUACAAAUAUGUCUUUUAGGAAGAGCCAAUUGAUUAAACAAAAGGAAGUGGUGGUUGUUAGGCUGAACCAACUAUUUAAACAAAGGGAAGUGGUGGUUGUUAGGCUGAACCAACUAUUUAAACAAAGGGAAGUGGUGGUUGUUAGGCUGAACCAACUAUUUAAACAAAGGGAAGUGGUGGUUGUUAGGCUGAACCAACUAUUUAAACAAAGGGAAGUGGUGGUUGUUAGGCUGAACCAACUAUUUAAACAAAGGGAAGUGGUGGUUGUAAGGAUGAACCAACAUGGUUUUUAAAGAACAGGUUGUGGUGUUUUGAUGAGAGAGAGAGUUUAACUGAUUGAUUGACAGGUUUCUUCCCAAUCACCAUCCUGUUGAUGAGUCACUGUUAGUUAGGCUGUCUGAAUGGUAGCCUAUUUCUCUGAUACACUCCUGUUGCUCCAAUACGAGUGAGGAUAUACUGAACAAAAAUAUAAACGUAACAUGUAAUGUGUUGGUCCCAUGUUUCAUGAGCUGAAAUAUAAGAUCCCUGAAAUUUUCCAUAUGCACAAAAAGCUUAUUUAUCUCAAAUGUUGUUAACACAUUUAUUUACAUCCCUUUUAGUGAGCAUUUCGCCUUUGCCAAGAUAAUCCAUCCACCUGACUGUUGUGGCAUAUCAAUAAACUGAUUAAACAGCAUGAUCAUUACACAAUGCCACAGAUAUCUCACGUUUUGAGGGAGUGCGCAAUUGGCAUGCCGACUGCAGGAAUGUCCAUCAGAGCUUUUGCCAGAGAAUUGAAUGUUCAUUUCUAUACCAUAAGCCACCUCCGUUUUAGAGAAUUUGGCAGUACGUCCAACCGGCCUCACAACCGCAAACUCUGUGUGUGUGGGCGGGUGGUUUGCUGAUGUCAAUGUUGUGAACAGAGUGCCCCGUGGUGGCAGUGGGGUUAUGGUAUGGGCAGGCAUAAGCUACAGACAACAAGCACAAUUGCAUUUUAUCAAUGGCAAUUUGAAUGCACAGAGAUACCGUGACGAGAUCCUGAGGCCCAUUGUUGUACCAUUCAUCUGCCGCCAUCACCUCAUGUUUCAGCUUGAUAAUGCAUGGCCAUAUGUCAGAAGGAUCUGUACACUAUUCCUGGAAGCUGAAAAUGUCCCAGUUCUUCCAUGGCCUGCAUACUCACCAGACAUGUCACCUAGUGAGCAUGUUUGGGAUGCUCUGGAUUGACGUGUACGACAGCAUGUUCCAGUUCCCGCCAAUAUCCAGCAACUUCGCACAGCCAUUGAAGAGGAGUGGUACGACAUUCCACAGGCCACAAUCAACAGCCUGAUCAAUUCUAUGCGAAGGAGAUGUCUCGCUACAUGAGGCAAAUGGAUGUCAAACCAGAUACUGACUGGUUUUCUGAUCCACGCCCCUACCUUUUUGUAAGGUAUGUGACCAACAGAUACAUAUCUGUAUUCUCAGUCAUGUGAAAUCCAUAGAUUAGGGCCUAAUUAAUUUAUUUCAAUUGACUGAUUUCCUUAUAUUAACUGUAACUCAGUCAAAGCUUUGAAAUUGUUCCAUGUUGCAUUUAUAUUUUGUUAAGUUUUGAGGGAACGUGCAGUUGGCAUGCUGACUGCAGGAAUGUCCAACGGGCCUCACAACCGCAAAACCCUUUAUUGUUUUUGUCAUUUAGAAAUGUAUCAACCCUUCCUUUUUUCGCAUGGAGGAAAUUGAAAAGGAUAGGCCUAGAGCAACAACCCAACCCCUGGAGAGACUUGCAGAUUUAGAAAAUGCGGAGGCUGUCAUUCAAUUUGGCAUCCUCAAGACCAUUACCCAGAAAUACUGGCAUAGUGUAGCUCAUUUGUAGCAUUUCAUACAUUGCUCACCUCAGUUGAGCUCACAAGCAUUAUACCAACUUUAGGAUGUUCGGGUGUUAAAUACAUAAUUCAAGCCCAAAACAAAGAGAGCCUUAAAGGAUCACUUCACUUAAAAACUCUAUUUUGUAAAUUUUUCCACUCUUAAUACAAUCCCAAAACAAUGUGCAUGUCACAAGAUGGUGCACUUUCAGUACAGAGCAAAAACUGUGAUGAUGAUGAUGAGUUCAGUUUGAGUGGAAUAUCAGUUGAAACAAUGGCUAAUACCAGUGGGGGGGAAAAAACUCCUAACACCAAUGUUCUUCCUUCAAAUCACUGACUCAAACAUGACUGUUCAGAGAGAAGUUCAGUUCACUAUGUGCUGAUGAAAACCUGGCCCCCGAGUGAGAUGUAGCCUGCACCCUACAAAAUUUGCGGAGCGCCAUUGGAUUCACUGUUGUAUUUCAGCAUAUGAGGAGCGUGCAGGGGCUGGCGGCCGGGGUGAACCUGGUUUAUUACAGCUGAUAUGUCAAAUGUAAUGGCGCCGGAGGGGAUGGCUGCCGUUUUAUGGACUCUUAACCAACCGUGCUAUUUUGUGUUUCUUCGCAUUGUUUGUAACUUAUUUUGUACAUAAUGUUGCUGCUGCCGUCUCUUAUGACCGAAAAGAGCUUCUGGACAUCAGAACAGCGAUUACUGACCUUGAACUGGACUAAUAAUUUUUCUUUAAUGAGUUGGACGAGAGGGAUUUGGUCCAGACACCCGACAGGGCCCUCAUCCCCUUCAUUCGCAGUAGAAAGAAAAGGAGAGAUCGCGGAAGGAGAUCGGUGUGCCUGGUAAGGAGCCGGCGAUGAGUGGCUAAUCUGUCUUUGCCAUCGAUACUAUUGGCCAAUUUACAAUCGCUUGAUAAUAAAGUGGAUGAACUACAAGCACGUAAUCCUACCAACGGGACAUUAAAAACGGUAUUAUCUUAUGUUUCACCGAGUCGUGGCUGAACGAAGACAUGAAUAACAUACAGCUGGCGGGUUAUACACUGUAUCGGCAGGAUAGAACAGCAGCCUCUGGUAAGUAAAGGGGUGGCGGUCUAUGUAUAUUUGUAAACAACAGCUGGUGCACGAUAUCUAAGGAAGUCUCUAACCCUCAAGGUUUUGCUCGCCUGAGGUAGAGUAUCUCAUGAUAAGCUGUAGACCAUCUAUAUUCUUCGUAGCUGUCUAUUUACCACCUCAAACCGAUGCUGGCACUAAGACCGCACUCCAUGAACUGUAUACAGCCAUAAGCAAACAGGGAAACGCUCAUCCAGAGGUGGCGCUCCUAGUGGCCAGGGCCUUUAAUGCAGGGAAAUUUAAAUCCAUUUUACCUCAUUUCUACCAGCAUGUUAAAUGUACAACCAGAGGGGAAAAAAACUCUAGACCACCUUUACUCCACACACAGAGAUGCGUACAAAGCUCUCCCUCACCCUCCAUUUGGCAAAUCUGACCAUAAUUCCUGCUUACAAGCAAAAACUAAAGCAGGAAGCACCAGUGACUCGGUCAAUAAAAAAAGUGGUCAGAUGAAGCAGAUGCUAAGCUACAGAUCUGUUUUGCUAGCACAGACUGGAAUAUGUUCCGGGAUUCUUCUGAUGGCAUUGAUGAGUACACCACAUCAGUCACUGGCUUCAUCAAUAAGUGCAUCGAUGACGUCGUCCCCACAGUGACUGUAUGUACAUACCCAAACCAGAAGCCAUGGAUUACAGGCAACGUCCGCACUGAGCUAAAAGGUAGAGCUGCCGCUUUCAAGGAGCGGUACUCUAACCCGGAAGCUUAUAAGCAAUCCCGCUAUGCCCUCUGACGACCCAUCAAACAGGCAAAGCUUCAAUACAGGACUAAGAUCGAAUCGUACUACACCGGCUCCGACGCUCGUCGGAUGUGGCAAGGCUAGCAAACUAUUAGACUACAAAGGGAAGCAUAGCCGCGAGCUGCCCAGUGACACGAGCAUACCAGACAAGCUAAAUUACUUAUAUUCUCGCUUCGAGGCAAGUAACACUGAAACAUGCAUGAGAGCAUCAGCUGUUCUGGACGACUGUGUGAUCACGCUCUUCGUAGCCGAUGUGAGUAAGACUUUUAAGCAGGUCAACAUUCACAAGGAUUACCAGGACGUGUUCUCUGAGCAUGCGCUGACCAACUGGCAAGUGUCUUCACUGACAUUUUCAACCUCUCCCUGUCUGAGUCUGUAAUACCAACAUGUUGCAAGCAGACCACCAUAGUCCCUGUGCCCAAGAACACUAAGGUAACCUGCCUAAAUGACUACCGACCCGUAGCACUCACGUCUGUAGCCAUGAAGUGCUUUGAAAGGCUGGUCAUGGCUCACAUUAACACCAUUAUUCCAGAAACCCUAGACCCACUCCAAUUUGCAUACCGCCCCAACAGAUCCACAGAUGAUGCAAUCUCUAUUGCACUCCACACUGCCCUUUCCCACCUGGACAAAAGGAACCCCUAUGUAAGAAUGCUAUUCAUUGACUACAGCUCAGCGUUCAACACCAUAGUGCCCUCAAAGCUCAUCACUAAGCUAAAGACCCUGGGACUAAACACCUCCCUCUGCAACUGGAUCCUGGACUUCCUGACGGGCCGCCCCCAGGUGGUAAGGGUAGGUAACAACACAUCUGCCAUGCUGAUCCUCAACACGGGGGCCCCUCAGGGGUGCGUGCUCAGUCCCCUCCUGUACUCCCUGUUCACCCAUGACUGCAUGGCCAGGCACGACUCCAACACAAUCAUUAAGUUUGCCGACGACACAACAGGGGUAGGCCUGAUCAACGACGAGACAGCCUAUAGGGAGGAGGUCAGAGACCUGGCCUCUCCCUCAACGUGAUCAAGACAAAGGAGAUGAUUGUGGACUACAGGAAAAAGAAAAGGACCGAGCACGCCCCCAUUCUCAUCGACCGGGCUGUAGUGGAGCAGGUUGAGAGCUUCAAGUUCCUUGGUGUCCACAUCACCAACAAACUAACAUGGUCCAAGCUCACCAAGACAGUCGUGAAGAGGGAAUGACAAAACGUAUUCCUCCCAAGGAGGCUGAAAAUAUUUGGCAUGGAUCCUCAGAUCCUCAAAAGGUUCUACAGCUGCACCAUCGAGAGCAUCCUGACUGGUUGCAUCACUGCCUGGGUAUGGCAACUGCUCGGCCUCCGACCGCAAGGCACUACAGAGGGUAGUGCGUACGGCCCAGUACAUCACUGGGGCCAAGCUUCCUGCCAUCCAGGACCUCUAUACCAGGUGGUGUCAGAGGAAGGCCCUAAAAAUUGUCAAAGACUCCAUCCACCCUAGUCAUAGACUGUUCUCUCUGCUACCGCACGGCAAGCGGUACCUGGGCGCCAAGUCUAGGUCCAAGAGGCUUCUAAACAGCUUCUACCCCCAAUCCAUAAGAUUCCUGAACAUCUGAAGCCCCCCCCCCCCCCUGUUUAUUAUCUAUGCGUAGUCACUUUAAUAACUCUACCUACAUAUACAUAUUACCUCAAUUAUCUCGACUAACCGGUGCCCCCGCACAUUGACUCGGUACCGGUACCCCCUGUAUAUAUCCUCGCUAUUGUUAUUUUUACUGCUUCACUUUAAUUAUUUGGUACUUUUAUUUAGUAUUUUAUAUUGUGUGUGUGUGUGUGUGUAUAUUUAUUUUUUUGGUAUUCUUUCUUAACUGCAUUGUUGGUUAAGGGCUUGUAAGUAAGCAUUUCACUGUUCUAUUCGGCGCAUGUGACAAAUAAAAUUUGAUUUGAUAUGGCACUCACCGUACACUCUGUGGAGCAGCAGAUAGUCUGGGAGAUGAUUUAACAGAGGAAAAACAGGGUACUUCACUUCCUGCUCUAUUCACUCUGCCUGGGUCUGUUAAAAUACUGCUGUUUAAGAGGGAGACAGAGUAAAAUACAGUGGAUAGGAUAGGAGAGAAGAGAGGAUGAAGGAACAGAGGAGGAGAUGAGGGGGGAGGAGAGAAGAGGGGUAGAUGAGGAUGUGGGAACAUGAGAGGGGAGGAGAGAAGAGGGGUAGAUAAGGAUAAGAGAGGAUGUGGGAACAGGAGAGAAGAUGAGAGGAAUGAAGAUGCCGCUGAGAUUUUAUCAACCUGACCUGACCUGGCUGGAUCUCUACUGCAUCUCUCCCUCAUCAUCCCUCCCUCCAUCACCCCUCCAUCUCUCCCUCCAUCAUCCUCCCCUCCUGGGAUGACAUGAUAAUCCUUCAGACUGAGGCCCCGGGCCCCUGUGGUCCUCCAGCUAACCUGAUAACACUAACCACAUCAACCCUAUAACGUCAUCAGGCGCCGGAAAGAGAGUAAUGUGUGCAGCAGGACCCUCGCGCAUGCAGACACACACAGACACAGGCACAGAAUUCAGCAUUGCUAUCUGGCCAAAAUUAAGAGGACAACCUAAUGUCCAGAUGCCCAGUCACGCUCUCAUCCCUACUGGCCAGAUACCAAGAUGUCGAGACAGAGCUCUUUAAUCCAGUUAUGAUAAUCAAGGUUUUAAUGAGAAUCUGAUAGUAAUUCUAAACAAAACAAAUGACCAGAUGUGCAAUAAUGUCUAGGUGACUUCCUUAUGGCCACUUGUGUUCCUAAUGUCUAGCUGUGUUAUUGUGUGACUUUGGGUCUGUCUCUUAAGUGAAUAGAGUUAUAAUGGUUGUCUGGUUAGAGGUCUGAUAUCUCCUGUAGUGGACAUAGCCAUUGUGUACAGCAGUGAUUCUUAACCUGGAGUACCCCAUGGGGUACCUGUCCUAUCCACAGGGGGUACUCAGUUGCAGAUGAGGGGGGUACUUCAGGCAGAGUAAAAUGUGAUUGGAGUAAACAAAAAAUGUUUUUGAGAACCACUGGUGUACAGGAGUCUGAGGAUAGAAACAUGGCUGGAACAACAUGUCUAGAACAAUGUGUCUGGAGAAACAUGUCUGGAACAACGUGGCUGGAACAAUCCAAUAUGUUGGGACCAGGGACGGUAUGAGGGAGGAGAGUGUGGGGGUUGUGUUGAAAGAUUAUUGGACUGUUUUGUCUCUCUGGGGAUGUGCGCUGGAACCUGUCAUGUUCAGUUUGUCCCUUUACAUUGAGACAAAGGGAAUGUUCACUCACUGUUUGACCUUCCUUUGUGCAGCUUCCAUCAUUAUUUUGGGAUGUGUGUAAAAAAAAAUUAAAAAAAAGAAACUUCAUUCAGUUUGUCCCUCUUGCUGUGCUGUAGGUGAUGCUGGUGGGAGACUCCGGGGUGGGGAAGACCUGUCUGUUGGUGCGCUUCAAAGACGGAGCCUUCCUGGCAGGAAGCUUCAUCUCUACUGUGGGUAUCGACUUCAGGGUGAGUGGGGAUGGAUAA